CAAAACAAAAUGGAGUCUCCUCACUCCUCACGGCGACAACAAGCACCGCCCUUAAGUAACGCCGUUAAGUCUCUGCACCUCAAACUCAAAGCAGCCGCGUACCAGCAGAGCAACCAUCCCUCCUCACGACAACGACAAGCUUCAAUCACCUACCUUGCAUACACAGAGAAGCAUGGAAUAUAAAAGCAUAUAACCUCACUUGCAGAAGUUUCAUGGCGUUUUCUGUUACACCGUUUCAAUCUUUUCGGAGAUACUGAGCAUCAAUUUCAACCUACAAUAUAUCCACUCAAACCAGCUGUUCUUUUCAGUUGCGGCUUCAGUUUGACAAUGCAAUUUUGUACGUGUCCCUUGUGGGGCCGCCUUUCACCCUCUCAGAAUUGACAGCCUCAUCAACAGCUUGAAAAUCGCCAUUGAAGCUGCAGUUAAAAAGCCCCAGGCGAUGAGUCUUCAACUUCUAAUGCUGGCAUUGCCUCCGCUUCAUGUGGAUUGUGAAAAGGAUUGCCCAUUGUAUUCUGCUGAUUUCGCAAGCAUUUAGCUCCACCUUCUCGAGAGUUGAAGGCAUUGGGCACAUUGGCGGUCCGUGGUGUCUGUCUUUCUGAGGAUUUUGAUAGCUGAAAAUGGUGAAGAUGAGGUCAAUGAAGGGGGAAUCUCUGGUUCUAGCUAUUUUUCUCUUUGGUUUUGUAUUUCGUCAAUCCUCUGCCUCAUUCACCCCCGUUGAUAACUACUUGAUUGCUUGUGGCUCUUCGGAAAAUUUUACCUUUCAAGGACAGAGUUACGUUCCUGAUUCAGCUGAAUCGUCAAUGGCAAUGAAAAUUCAAGGCAAUUCCGUUGUCGUUACCUCCCGUUCCAGUGUCCCUUUUCCAGUCUAUCAAUCUGCUCGAAUAUUCCCUAGUACAGGAUCCUACAAAUUUGAUAUCAAGCAAGAAGGAAGGCAUUGGAUUCGCCUCUAUUUUUACCCACUUCCUAACUUGGGGCACGACUUAAAGUCUGCCUCAAUAACAGUAUUGACAGAAAAUUUUGUGCUCUUGAACAACUUUACUUUCAAGAAUUACGACGGUUCUUAUCUAUUUAAGGAGUAUGCAGUCAAUGUGACUGCAGACAACUUGAUCCUCACUUUCAUUCCUUCCAACAGUUCAUCUGUGUUUGUUAAUGCAAUUGAAGUUGUCUCUAUCCCAGAUGAGUUGUUUCCUGAUCAGGCAUUGGCUUUAUCCCCAUCUGCCCCUUUCAGUGGACUUUCUGAGCAUGCCCUUGAAACUGUUUACCGAUUGAACAUGGGUGGCCCAUUGGUCACAGCUCAGAAUGGUACGCUGGGUAGAACAUGGGAAAAUGAUGUGAAAUAUCUGCAUGUAAACAGCUCUGCAGUGAAUGUUUCAGUUAACCCAGAAAACAUAAGGUACAAAGGUGCUGUCACACCCGAAACAGCACCUAAUUGGGUUUAUGCUACCGCUGAAACCAUGGGAGAUGCUAACGUACCUGAUAUGAACUUCAACAUUACUUGGGUCCUCCCAGUUGAACCAAACUUCACCUAUUUCAUCAGGGUGCAUUUCUGCAACAUAGUGAGCGAGUCUAAUCUUGUAUUCAGUCUAUACAUAAACUCUAAUCUGGCUUCCCCAAGUCGGGAUCUAUCAACAUUAGCAGGUGACUUGGAGGUACCUCUCUAUAAAGAUUUUGUUUCCAAUUCUUUAGCUGAUUCAGAUACUUUGACCAUUAGUGUGGGUCCAGAUACAGCAUCUGAUAUCACUAAUGCAAUCCUGAAUGGUUUGGAAGUCAUGAAGGUUAGUAAUGAAGCCAGAAGUUUGGAUGGGCUCUCCCCUGUUGAGCAUCUGGUCCCUGUGUCGCCAUCAGAAAACAACAAGGUGGGCAUUGUAGUUGGCUCCAUUGUGGGAGCUGUAGCUGCCAUGGCUUUUAUUGGUUUCUGUUACUGCUGCUUCGUAUCCCGUAGGUCAAAGACUACUCAGCAGGGCCAUACAUGGCGUCCCCUGCCUUUAUACGGAAACUCUCAAACAAUGACAAAAAUGUCCACUGCUUCUCGGAAGAGUGGAACUGCCAGCUGCAUCUCAUUAACUUCCACUGACCUUGGUCGGUUUUUCACAUUCCAAGAAAUUAUGGAUGCAACAAACAAAUUUGACGAGGGCAUGCUUCUUGGGGUUGGAGGUUUUGGUAGAGUCUACAAUGGGAUGCUGGAAGAUGGGACUAAAGUGGCUGUGAAGAGAGGAAACCCAAGAUCAGAACAAGGUCUUGCAGAAUUCCGAACAGAGAUUGAAAUGUUGUCCAAGCUCCGUCACAGUCACCUGGUGUCUCUGAUUGGUUAUUGCGACGAACGGUCAGAAAUGAUACUGAUAUAUGAGUACAUGGCAAACGGGCCUCUAAGGAGCCAUCUUUAUGGAACAGAUCGCACACCUCUCUCAUGGAGGCAACGGCUUGAGAUUUGCAUUGGGGCUGCUAAGGGGCUUCAUUAUCUGCACACUGGUGCAUCUCAAAGUAUAAUUCACCGUGAUGUAAAGACAACGAACAUACUCUUGGAUGAUAAUUUUGUAGCCAAAGUUGCAGAUUUUGGUCUCUCUAAAGCAGGACCAUCUCUGGAUCAGACCCAUGUAAGCACUGCUGUGAAGGGUAGUUUCGGCUACCUUGAUCCCGAGUACUUCAGAAGGCAGCAGCUUACUGAAAAGUCAGAUGUGUAUUCCUUUGGUGUUGUUCUAGUGGAAGUUCUCUGUGCCAGACCGGCUUUAAAUCCCGUCCUCCCAAGAGACCAAGUUAACAUUGCUGAAUGGGCAAUGUGUUGGCAAAAGAAAGGGAUGUUGGAUCAAAUCAUGGACCAAACAUUGGUGGGAAAGGUUAGUCCAGCUUCUCUUAAGAAGUUUGGAGAGACAGCAGAGAAGUGCCUGGCUGAGCAUGGAGUGGAUAGGCCAUCAAUGGGGGAUGUCUUGUGGAAUCUCGAGUAUGCUCUCCAGCUUGAGGAGACAUCAUCAGCUCUCAUGGAGCCCGAAGAUAACAGCACAAACCAUAUCACGGGCAUUUCAUUGACGACACUUGACAACAGUGUUAGCGUGGUAGAUGGGGCGACUUCUGGCACUGAUGAUGAUGCAGAAGAUGGCACCACUAGUGCAGUUUUCUCCCAGCUGGUUAAUCCUCGUGGAAGAUGAGAAAAAUAAUUUCCAUUCCUUCUUGAUCUCAGCCUCUGGAUGUCCUCAAAGAAGUGUGCUCUGUCCUGGGCUUGAUGGUGAUUCAAUCUCUCCCUUGCGAGGGAAGGUAUUCUUACAAUUGUUGCUUCUCAGCUCUGGGUUUAUACAUCAUUCUUUUACACAAUAUGAUCAGAUAUGUCUUAUAAAUAUAGUUGACUGCUGUAAGCCAAUCGUUCCGACGAGGACCAAGUAAAUCACCAUUGAAUCACUGAAUUGUAAUUUGUCUCAAUUUCAAUAAAUAUCAAGUGUUAUCACUCCAUAUUGCAUGUUAUCUUCAUGUGAGUAGAA